AUGAACGAUGCGACGACCUCCUUGCUCACUGAGCACUUCAGCUAUACUCCAUUGUCUCUCAUUGAUGACAUUAUCAACUCGAUAAACAACUUGAUCUACCAGGCCAUAUCGAGCUUGGAAUCUGGACUGCUCAAUACGCCGCCCGAGCGUCUUGGAUUUUCCCAUGCCAACAAUGGUAUCACAAUUCCCGAAACGGACGAUGACGGCAACGUGCUAUAUCCCGAGGCGAAGCUAGAGAUUGAAAACGGGCUGCAUCAGCUGGAGACGCUGCUCGAAACGAACGUCGAUAAAGCCUUCGAUAAAUUUGAGAUUUACGUCCUGCGAAACAUUCUUACUGUCCCGGAGGAUCUUCUCGCAUAUGUGCGCUUGAAACAUUACGAGGGUCUGUCGUUCAAAUCCUCAGCCGACACACCCACGCCCGAGACCAUUCAUGCGCAGCGCAAGAAACUAUUCGAGACGAAGAAACUAAACCGUUCAUUGAAAGAAGAAAGCGCUCGGAACAACGCAGUCAUCUCUCAGCUAAAGUCUAUACUGUCCACGGUUGAAACGGCCAAGGUCGAAGGCGCGCCCGCGACACCGAACAAGCCACUUGACUUGUCCUUCCUGACCUCCAGUCCAGCUGCGCGCCAGCUCCGAGUCGGCGUGGAUGCCGGGUCAAAUGCCAAACCCACACACCUUACUACCCACACGACCUUUAUUCUAUCGCAGCUGCCCGCGUUGCAGGCCACACUUGAGCAGCUUCGUCCCAAGCUGGCGGCCUUGCCUGAAUCGGUGAUCCCAAUGGAAACCAAGUCUAAACGCGACGAGCGCAAGGAGUAUAUUGAAGGCCGAAUCCGACUCCACCUCGAGCGAGCUGGUCAGCUUGCCACCGGCGAUGACGGAAACCCUGUUGUCGCAGGUCGCAGGAUUGAUAUCAGAGAGGCACAUGCUCUGGAGAGCGUGGCAAACAUGCUUACGCAGAAAGAGAAUGUGUAA